UCAUUUGCUUUAUUUUUAAUAGGGUUUAUCUGUGCUUGGCACUUAUUGAUAUUUUAUGUGUCCAUUAUGCAGAAUUCUGUUUAGUUUAAUCACCACCUUGUGGGAAAAAAAGUCAUGCAUACAUAACAUGCAUCUUUGUUCUCACUUUAUUCAUUUCCUAGCAUCAUUCCUCUAUAAGCAGCACAUGCUAUCUUAAAACCUAAGCUGGCUUAUUCUAUAAGUUGCCAGACUUCCUCUUUAUGUGUUUAAAACUCAAACAGGCCUCUUUUCAUGAAUGUCUUACAUCAUUAUAGGGAUUGUCUUGAAUUUGCAGUGUUAAUAUAAGGAAGUUUUAGGUUUCAGAAGCAAAAGAAGUUAUAAAAUGUGACUGAUGUUAUAAUAUGAAAAUGCAUUGUGCAUGAUGUAUCAUUAUAGGAUUUUAAUUAAGUAUGUGUAUAACUUGGAAAGGACAUAUACAUAAGGAAUUUCUCAAACUUAUUGCCUGUGCAUUCUCAAAUGACAUUUAUAGAGUUCAAUUUUCUGCAAAAAAAAAAAAAGUGUAUUUUCUUAAGAUUAUUUCACACACUCUCUUAUUUACCAAUUUGGUAAGUUGUUACUUUUUAAACAAGUAGAACUUAAUAUUUUAGGCAUGUCUCAGAAAAUGUUCUGUGUUUGUUUUGCAGGUGAAAAAUGUGUGGAAUUUUUGAUAGGAUGGGAGAAUCUUAAAUGAAAUCUUAAAUGAUUUGAGAAGUCCAUUAUGACAGGAAAUUUAAAAACCUGAUAAUGCAAUCUUAGUUAAUUUAGAUAUUAACUUAUGUCAAGUGAGUUCUUCAAAAUAAACAUCAAAGGUUUUCUUAACCUGAUAGGGAGCAGAAAUAUAUCCAAUAUCUCUGAAGAAAAAGUUGCUAAUUAGCAGAAACAAAUUCUUGAAUGUAGUCAAGGGGACAAUUUAAUGAUUCAGGGGCUACUUAAAUCAGAUCAUCUGAUUUUUCCCUUUGAAUCACUAAUUUCCAGAUGGAUUUGAAAUAUUCUUCGCUAAUGAUAUUCUGUUUGAAAUUUCAUAACCAGGUUGACCCAAGUAGAGUAGAGGCCCAUCCAAAGAUGAUUUUCUAAAAGAAGUCAAGUGUAGGCUUGCACAAUUUCUUCAAAUAAUUUUAUCAACAAAGACAGAUCAUCUAAAUAAUCCAAGCAGGAAACCAUGCCAACCUUACACUCUCCCUGUCUCACAAAAGAUUUGUCUGAACUAUCUGGAUAAUUAUCAUAAUGAAACACUUCUUUGUCCAGAAUCUGGACUCCAGAUAGAUGCAGUAAAAGUUGAAUCCUCCUCCCCAAAAUAACUUCUUUAUUAAAGUAGAGCACUUAAUCACUUUAUACUUCACGUUGCAGUGUUCCUUUGAAAUUCUUUACUGAAAAUUCUUUCCUCCUAACCUUAAGUCAUCAGUUUCCUUAGAAUUUUCCAUGUUAAAGAGAAUGUCAGAUAAUUCAGAUAUUAAAGAAGACUCUUUUGGAGGAGCUAAAACCUGUUUUGAUUAUACCUGGAUGUUUAUUCUUAUAAUAUCUUUUUCUGGGAGGAAUCUGCUAUGUUAAGAUAUGCAUUGUGUAAGAAUUACUAAAGCAUUUGUGUAGGUUAUAUGCCAAGUGAUGCAACAAAAUAUUUAAUGAUGAAAAACUCUAUAUAGACUUUCACAUUAAUUAAAGAGGGGUUUACAGGAAUAGAGUAAGUGUAUCCGAUCAAUAAUACAUUUGGGUUCAAAUUCUCAUCAGUAUUUUUCUGCAUCCUUGCUGAUUUGGACAUCCACCAGUGCUGAUCAAAAGCUUCAUAUUGCCUAGUGAAACUGAAAAUUAAUGUUAAAAUUCAAAUAUAAUAUGCAUCAAUAAUAAUUGCAGUUGAAACAUGAUGGCUUAAUACAUACCUUGAGAGAUAAAGGAGUUUAAAAAAUAUCAGUGAUAAAGUCAUUCCAUGGCUUCCUUUAAAUUCUGAACUGGAAUAUCAUGGAAGCACUUGGAAAAUGUUUUUAAGAGAUUUAAUUUAUAUUAUGGCAAUGCAAUGGCACAUUUUCUUACGUGGUAAAUAUAUUUAUGUAGAUAUCUUGUUUAUGAAAUGUGACAGUAAUGAAGUGUUGUGUCAACUGGUUGUUAUUAUUUAAUCAUGCCUAUAGCCUCCAUGGGUUAUGGCUCCAGUGUAUGCUACCACUAUACUUUUAUUUCUAAAUUUAGGUCUAAACUAUAUGGAGAGAUAUAUUUAUUUGUGCCUAUUAAUAUAAUGCCUUGUCCUGGAUUAUAUAAUUUAUCUUAUUUUUCCCACUUGUUUUGUCCUAUUUGUUAUGUUUCAGCUGGACAUUUUACAACAAGACCUAAAAGUAUUUAACUUCUUCUAGCCCAAGACAGAUACAAAUCAUUGUUUAAUCUAAAAAUGUUGACUGAAAUAGAAUUACAAAUUAGUUUAGUUUGGUGAAUAUCAAGGGAGUUAUAUCUUGUUCUUAACAGACUCCGCAAGCAUUUCUUUCCACCUUAGGAAAAGCACAGCCCUCCUCUUGGCUCCAGCAUGGGGCAGGGAUGCAGCUGUUGAUACCUAGGCUAGAUGAGAGGAAGUGCAGUUGACGCAGAGGUAAAUGGCAGUUGGAAAAGGAAGGAUGCCUGGGGAUGACCUUGUGCUCAUCAGCGACACCAGUAUGUCCUUUCCAAGCCUCUGUGGCAGAGGUGCUCUUCCCAUAGCAAGGAUGGCAGGCAGAAAGUCUAGUUUGGGUGUUAAGGUGAACAGGGAGAGAAAAAAUACUGCAAAAAGUUUGUUCAACGUGUUGAUUGGAGAUCCAUGUGCUUUGCAGGUGAUAGUCAAGAGAAAAGGAUUUGCAUGCAAAUAGAAAAGAUGUAAAAUUUUAAAAUAAGGGCAAUAAGCUCUAUUUUGGGGAAGCUGAUAGACACACACAAAAAAGUCUUCCUUGUCACCGCCCCCCAUGGUCCCGGGAUUCUUGAGCUGUGCCCAGCUGACGAGCUUUUGAAGAUGGCACAAUAACCGUCCAGUGAUGCCUGACCAUGACAGCACAGCCCUCUUAAGCCGGCAAACCAAGAGGAGAAGAGUUGACAUUGGAGUGAAAAGGACGGUAGGGACAGCAUCUGCAUUUUUUGCUAAGGCAAGAGCAACGUUUUUUAGUGCCAUGAAUCCCCAAGGUUCUGAGCAGGAUGUUGAGUAUUCAGUGGUGCAGCAUGCAGAUGGGGAAAAGUCAAAUGUACUCCGCAAGCUGCUGAAGAGGGCGAACUCGUAUGAAGAUGCCAUGAUGCCUUUUCCAGGAGCAACCAUAAUUUCCCAGCUGUUGAAAAAUAACAUGAACAAAAAUGGUGGCACGGAGCCCAGUUUCCAAGCCAGCGGUCUCUCUAGUACAGGCUCCGAAGUACAUCAGGAGGAUAUAUGCAGCAACUCUUCAAGAGACAGCCCCCCAGAGUGUCUUUCCCCUUUUGGCAGGCCUACUAUGAGCCAGUUUGAUAUGGAUCGCUUAUGUGAUGAGCACCUGAGAGCAAAGCGCGCCCGGGUUGAGAAUAUAAUUCGGGGUAUGAGCCAUUCCCCCAGUGUGGCAUUAAGGGGCAAUGAAAAUGAAAGAGAGAUGGCCCCGCAGUCUGUGAGUCCCCGAGAAAGUUACAGAGAAAACAAACGCAAGCAAAAGCUUCCCCAGCAGCAGCAACAGAGUUUCCAGCAGCUGGUUUCAGCCCGAAAAGAACAGAAGCGAGAGGAGCGCCGACAGCUGAAACAGCAGCUGGAGGACAUGCAGAAACAGCUGCGCCAGCUGCAGGAAAAGUUCUACCAAAUCUAUGACAGCACUGAUUCGGAAAAUGAUGAAGAUGGUAACCUGUCUGAAGACAGCAUGCGCUCGGAGAUCCUGGAUGCCAGGGCCCAGGACUCUGUCGGAAGGUCAGAUAAUGAGAUGUGUGAGCUAGACCCAGGACAGUUUAUUGAUCGAGCUCGAGCCCUGAUCAGAGAGCAGGAAAUGGCUGAAAACAAACCGAAGCGAGAAGGCAACAACAAAGAAAGAGACCAUGGGCCAAACUCCUUACAACCGGAAGGCAAACAUUUGGCUGAGACCUUGAAACAGGAACUGAACACUGCCAUGUCUCAAGUUGUGGACACUGUGGUCAAAGUCUUUUCGGCCAAGCCCUCCCGCCAGGUUCCUCAGGUCUUCCCACCUCUCCAGAUCCCCCAGGCCAGAUUUGCAGUCAAUGGGGAAAACCACAAUUUCCACACCGCCAACCAGCGCCUGCAGUGCUUUGGCGACGUCAUCAUUCCGAACCCCCUGGACACCUUUGGCAAUGUGCAGAUGGCCAGUUCCACUGACCAGACAGAAGCACUGCCCCUGGUUGUCCGCAAAAACUCCUCUGACCAGUCUGCCUCCGGCCCUGCCGCUGGCGGCCACCACCAGCCCCUGCACCAGUCGCCUCUCUCUGCCACCACAGGCUUCACCACGUCCACCUUCCGCCACCCCUUCCCCCUUCCCUUGAUGGCCUAUCCAUUUCAGAGCCCAUUAGGUGCUCCCUCCGGCUCCUUCUCUGGAAAAGACAGAGCCUCUCCUGAAUCCUUAGACUUAACUAGGGAUACCACAAGUCUGAGGACCAAGAUGUCAUCUCACCACCUGAGCCACCACCCUUGUUCACCAGCACACCCGCCCAGCACCGCCGAAGGGCUCUCCUUGUCGCUCAUAAAGUCCGAGUGCGGCGAUCUUCAAGAUAUGUCUGAAAUCUCACCUUAUUCGGGAAGUGCAAUGCAGGAAGGAUUGUCACCCAAUCACUUGAAAAAAGCAAAGCUCAUGUUUUUUUAUACCCGUUAUCCCAGCUCCAAUAUGCUGAAGACCUACUUCUCCGAUGUAAAGUUCAACAGAUGCAUUACCUCUCAGCUCAUCAAGUGGUUUAGCAAUUUCCGUGAGUUUUACUACAUUCAGAUGGAGAAGUACGCGCGUCAAGCCAUCAACGAUGGGGUCACCAGUACUGAAGAGCUGUCUAUAACCAGAGACUGUGAGCUGUACAGGGCUCUGAACAUGCACUACAAUAAAGCAAAUGACUUUGAGCAGGUUCCAGAGAGAUUCCUGGAAGUUGCUCAGAUCACAUUACGGGAGUUUUUCAAUGCCAUUAUCGCAGGCAAAGAUGUUGAUCCUUCCUGGAAGAAGGCCAUAUACAAGGUCAUCUGCAAGCUGGAUAGUGAAGUCCCUGAGAUUUUCAAAUCUCCGAACUGCCUACAAGAGCUGCUUCAUGAGUAGAAAUUUCGACAACUCUAUUUGAAUGUAUGAAGAGUAGCAGUCCCCUUUGGAUGUCCAAGUUAUAUGUGUCUAGAUUUUGAUUUCAUAUAUAUGUGUAUGGGAGGCAUGGAUCUGUUAUGAAAUCAGCUGGUAAUUCCUCCUCAUCACCUUUCUCUCAUUUUCUUUUGUUUUCCAUUGCAAGGGGAUGGUUGUUUCCUUUCUGCCUUUAGUUUACUUUUGCCCAAGGCCCUUAACAUUUGGACACUUAAAAUAGGGUUAAUUUUCAGGGAAGAAGAAUGUUGGCGUGUGUAAAGUCUCUAUUAGCAAUGAAGGGAAUUUGUUAACGAUGCAUCCACUUGAUUGAUGACUUAUUGCAAAUGGCGGUUGGCCGAGGAAAACCCAUGACACAGCACAACUCUACAGACAGUGAUGUGUCUCUUGUUUUUACUGCUAAGAAGGUCUGAAAAUUUAAUGAAACCACUUCAUACAUUUAAGUAUUUUGUUUGGUUUGAACUCAAUCAGUAGCUUUUCCUUACAUGUUUAAAAAUAAUGCCAGUGACAGAUGAGCAGCUCACUUUUCCAAAGUACCCCAAAAGGCCAAAUUAAAAAAGAAACAUAUUCACUAGCAAGCCUUUUCUAAGAAAAGAGGCAAACUCUGAAAAUAGUACCAGUUUCUUCUGGAGGCAAAGCAAUUUUGCACAAAACCAGCUCUCUCAAGAUGAGACUGGAAAUUCAUACCUGGUCUUCUAGUCACCUCUCUAAACUCGACAAUAGGUUCUUCUUCAUAAGUGAGCUUACAUCAUUCUUCAUAAAGAAAAAUCCUAUAACUUGUUAUCAUUUUGCUUCAGAUACUAAAAGGCACUAAGUUUCAAAUUUACACUGCUCAACUUUGUUUAUAUGCUUAAAAGGAUUCUGUUUACUUAACACUUUUUUCCCCUAAAAUGCUAUUUUCUGAAUACUUUCUUCCAGUAAGGAAUAAAGGAAAGCCCAACUUGGCCAUAAAAUUCUUGCCUACACUAGAAGUUUGUUGACAGCUGUUAGCUGACUUGAUCUUCAUCUCCUAAGAGGAACACAUACAUUUUCACAUGCAGUGCCACACUCUCCUGAUGGGUAUUCAAAGUGGUGACAGUCUAACUCAGUGUUUCUUUAUUUUAGGUAUAACAUUUUAAAGCAAUUGAUAAUGCCUCUUCCAAUUCAGAAGCUAGAAUUGACCAAAAUGUGAGAAGAGUGUAUAGCAUAGGAAAAUUUGGGGUUAACCCAAAAGACACAAUUCCAGCACACGUAAGAAAGCUAGCUGCUAUUUUAUGCUUUCUUCAAUGGUUCUCCUCUUUUUCCUUUUUUUUUUCCUUUUUUUUUUCCCUGUUUUUCAAUGAUGUACAGUGUUCCAUACUUGCAUUGAAAAAAAUUGUAUGGCAUUCACACUUUUUUUCUUAGGUGUGUUUUUGUGUGCAGAUGCAGUAAGAAUUCAUUGUUCAUCCUAAAACUGUUUUCCAGACCCCUCCUUCCCCUUAGGUAAUUUGAUAUACACCUCCUAAAAUGACACAGUAACGAAUCUGGUAUUUAGAACAUAUAGAACAUAAAUGCCAUUUUUUAAUUCAAUUUUAAUAAGAAUUACAUUUGACUUUGGAGAAUACAGGUUUUGACCCAUGUGACUGACUAGCUGACCCGAUCGCUGUAAUUUAACGUCAUUUAUAAAUCUGCUGAUGGACAGGAAUGUAUGAACUCAAUUAUUGUCAGCACAAAGCCUUAAAACCUGCUGACUUUAAAUUAAACGGUGCAGUCCUAUGAUGCCCUGCACCAUCCAGGGGACUAACAGGGCCUGGCAGUGUGGACAGAGGGUGCAGCCGCAUGGGCUGGGGCACCAGCCACUUCACUCUGCACCCGCGGCCUCACACAUCUCCCAGCUCACACUCUACUAAUGCACAGAGUCAUUAGAUCCAAUUUGUUAUUUUUCUCACUUGCUUUAAAACAAAAACAAGUUUGGAUAAUCAUGACAUUGGAAUAAAGUGGGAAGAAAAAAUUCAAUCAGCACAAAGUAGGGAAGUGAUCCCAACUUGUAGUCACACUUUUCUGACUGGCUUUGUUUAAAAGAGUGUGGCCUUCCUUGUUCAUGUCAGUACACCACUGGGUUUUUGCUGUUCCAUGUAAUUCAUAUCAACAUUGUGUUGCCAUUUGCAAGGUAAAAGGCAAAGCUGUAGUGUAUUCACCUAUGUAGACAGAUUGCUAGGUAUCUUUUUGAUCUGGGGCGAGUUCAAUAUUGAUUCCAGACUUAUUUGGAUUUUUUUAGUAUUAUUUUCCCCUCCCUUCUAAUUUAAAUAGACAAAUUAAGCAAAAGUGUGUGUUCGCAACCAAAUGUUGAUGCCCUUAUCUACUGAUAAUAUCCUCUCAAUGUUCACUGAGGCAUAGAAAUUAUUUCAGAGUAGAAAUUGCAGCAUGAGGAUAAACUCACCUCUUUGUUCUGAAAAUAGAAAUUUAUCACUAUGCUUUCUGGUGGUUUUCCCUCUCAAAAUAAAAAUCGUGUGCCUCCCAAGUGCACUGGAAAAUGACAAAAGCCUGUCUCUCCAAAUUCCUAUUUAACAGUUUGAUUUUUUUUUUUUAAUCACCAUCUUUGAAAUCUUAGCUCAACUCUCACCAAGAGAAAAUUGGCUACUUGGGAGAAAGUUAACUUUCUAUGGUGGGAGGGUGAAGGAUGAGGGACAGUUUACAUAGGAAAAGAAAAAAAAAGUCUAAAGUCCGUGUUGAAAAACCACACUACCACUUAUUUUCUGCUAACCCUAAAUUAUUUUUGCGUAUACGCUUGAGGUUAUAGUCUGUGCCUAGACCUAAAAUGCACCAGCGGGGGGGAUUUUAAAAAAUCCUUCAAAAUACCAGUUUUUUCCCAACAAGUACAAUUGUUCUUGUGCCUUCUGUGGCUUUCGAUUUCAUCUUUUUGACUUUAUUUCCAAUUACUACAGCUGCAAUAAACACUAGAUUUUUUUUCUGGCUGUUUGACAUAACGUUGAUAGCUAUGCAUAUUUUGUGUCUUUUUAAAACAAAGCGGGAGAAUACGUUUUUGAAGAAGAGAAUUUUUAGAACAGUUUGAUACCGCAAAUUAUUUUUUCCUCAAUUGUUUGAGCAGCAUUCGAGUUUUGAAAAUUCUUGUAGAAGCCAAUUUUUUGUAACUGUGGUGCAAAUCUUGUGUUUUCUUAGCCUAAUGAAAAGUAGUAUAGAAGCAAUAUUUCAUACCAUGUGCUAUAUAUGUGUGUGCAGAUGUGUGAACAUAAAAGCACAUACACACAUAUACACACAUGUAAAAAUAUACAUAUAUAUAUAUGCGUGUGAAGUGGAAAGCUUACCUUUUCCUAUCUAGAUUUAAGAACCUAUUUUAGACAUUUGUUAUGUUUUGUGAAAAGAAUGUUCUAUUUGCAACAAAACAUUUAAUUCUUACUGUAUCUCUGGCUGUUUAAUGAGGACGUUUCACAUUAACUGGUAAAACACGUGGAAGAUGUUAGAAUGUAGUAAUUAUUUAAGUAAACGUUCACCCACAUAUUCCUGAAGUUUGCUUUGUGCCUCCGAGUAUUAUUUAAUUAAAGUGUUUUAUGUUUGCAGAAUCUCUGUUACUGUACUAGGGAUGUGGGUGAAUAUCAUUUAAAAAAAAUUUAAAACAAAAAAAAAGCAAAACAAAAACACUAAAGCAAGAGGGGAACUUUUAUAAAGCAAUGUAAAUAUUUAACCUCAUGGCUGUCAUUAUGUAAGACAUGAGAUUUUAAUAAAUAACUACAUUCUCACGACAUCUGUCGAAUUUACUAGGAACACUACAGUGACUGUACAGACAGUUGAAAGCAUUCUUGAAAAUCCUGCUCUCUCCUUUUAAAAGUUAACAAUCUCUUUUAUCAGAUGUCAAGGGCAAGGGUAAUGCAGUUUCUGUAAAUUUAUGAAAUUUCUUUUUCUAUGUACAUGAAGACAUUUAGUAACACCCCCCUUCCCGUGCGCGCACAUGGGCAUGCAGGCACGCGCGCACGCACACACACACACACACACACACACAUUGUCAUAAAGCUAAUGAUUUGGGGGCUUUAAAAAAUAGGAUGUCCUCCAGGAACAAUCAUAAAUUUAUGAAAGAAAGAGUAGUUUACAGACUCCCCUGAAAGAAGCAGUGUAUAUGUGAAGACAGUGCAAAAAUCUCUUUGCCAUGUAUAUUAUAGCGUAUUCAUUGGUGUGAAUAGUACAAAUGUUUCCUUCUGGUACAAACUCUGUGUUUGCAAAUUACAAGAAGCAUUGUUUUCAAAAAGCUCCCCUUAAAAAAUGUAACUGAUUUAUAUGAGUAAGCAGUUACCGUAUUGCACUUAAAUGUUAUGUUGAAGGAAAUGCAGUUUUGUUUUCUGUAGAUCUGUUGGUUGUAAACCAUCUAUAAAACUAAAGCUAAAAUGCUCAUAUUCAGAGCUGGGAUCAAAACUGGUAUUUAACCUUUGCAUCUUCUUAUAAUUAUCCUUCUAAGAAUAUAACACAAUGUGGAAGUGUCUGGACUUUGAGUCUUUUCACUGAGCCCUCUCUCAAAUCUGACACCCCCUCAAAAUGCACAAACAUAAGCAGAAAAGGCAAACAAGCUUAACUUCUUUUAUGAAAAUGUAUUCAUUCUGUAUUUUUUUAAUAUUCAAUUCCCCUAAAAAGGGGGAGAAAGCAUUUUAAAAUUGUAUAUUACCACUUCAAAUUUAGAACUAAGAAAAAAAUGUAUUUGGGAUUGGUCUCAGUGCUACCUAGAAGAAUCAAAGAUCGUGGCUUCCCUCAAUAUUGUCCCAGCCAUUUCUCAUAUGUAUAUAGUAUAAACCGUGACAAAACACUGCCUUUAUAUUAUUUAGCAAUAUGUUGUAAAUAGCAUUAUUAAGCUCUUUUUUGUAAUAAAGACCCUUUGAUUUGAAUAUAGUACAAUAACUGAACUGAUAAAGUCAAUUUUUGAUUUUUGUUUGUUUUUUUUUAGCUAGAGGCAAUUUCAAUUGUGAAUUUUUGUUGUUGUCUAUUGUUCUGAAGACUUUGCAUAAUUUAUUGGUUUAAUUUAUCCUAAUUUAUUUGAUGAAGGUGUACAAUUUUGUAUUACCAAGGAUGUACUGUAAUAUUAAUUGAUAUGAUAAACACAAUGAGACUCCCUGUCCAUAUUAAAAAGAAAAUAAAAAGGUGCAGUAGACAAUUGAUUUUAAAGGAAAAGUUAAAAAAUUAGUUUGGCAGCUACUAAAUUUUAAAACAGGAAAAAAAAAAGUUGUUGUGGGGAGGGUGGGAAAGGGGUUUUACUUUGUGUGUUUUAAGCUUUUGUAUACUCUCCAAACUUUUACCUUUUGCUUUGUACCACUUAAAGGAUACAGUAGUCCAAUUGCCUUGUGUGCCUUCCAUCUCCUCUUAAACUGAAUGUAUGUGCAGUAUAUAUGCAAGCUUGUGCAAAAUAAAAUAUACAUUACAAGCUCA